GCGAAAUUUCACCCAGGAACCUGGUCCUCACGUGAGCGAUCGCGUCGGGUCGAAUUGGAGAGAGGGAAACUUUUUCGGGCGAUUACAGCUGUUCGAGGCAGAGCAACACCGCGAAUACACCCCCCUCUAGCUCACCAUUGAGGUGUCGGGAUUUUUGGUGAUUUAUCUGGCGGCUUGGUACACCACAUGACAGUGCAAGGCCGGGGCUAAACCACGGCGGGGGCACACCAACCCGACGGCAAUUAUAUUCCCCCAACGUAGGGACAAGCCCGACAACGACGACUACGACUACAACGACAACGACACAGUCCCUAUAGACAAAUAGACAGAUAAACGGCACCGACAAGCCGACAGACCCACCACCAUGAAGCAACGCAGGUUGUUGAGGUUUCACGGCCUGAAGCGCCCCCGUGUGCGCCAAACAUGGAACAAGUACAACUUGUUUAACCUCUCUCGCCUCCGAACGCCCUUCCUCCAGUCCAAAACCUUCUUCCAGCAGAAAUGGAUGUCCAAAUCCCUGACCCGCGGCUACCACGGCGAGCACAUCAAGGAAUACCAGUGGGAGCGCAUGUUCAGCCGCCGCUCUCUCGCCGCCAUCAACAUGGAUCCGGCUUACAUGGCUCAGCACGAUGGCAGCGAGCAAGCCGCCGGCCGUGGGUCGGGCCGAAAAAUGGCGGAUGGCUCCGACAUUCCAGGGCCGCGGAACAGGGGCAACCUCAAUCAAGCGACGCCGUACAUGCAGAUGAUAUUCGCUCCGAUGGAACGCCGACUCGAUAUCGCCAUCUUCCGCGCCCUCUUUGCUAGCAGUGCGAGACAAGCCCGGCAGUUUGUGCUGCACGGAGCCGUGACGGUGAACGGGAAGAAGAUGACGUACCCCGGCUACCUCCUCAACCCGGGUGACAUGUUCCAAGUCGAUAUCGAGCGGGUCAUGACAGCAACCGGGCAACCGAAGAGGCCAAACCGCAAUCAAAAAGCACCCAAAAACACCGAGACGAGCGAAGGGGAAGAAGGCGAGGUCGCCGAAGGAGAAGCCACCGAAACCGCCGAAGGCGCGGCGGAAGGUGCAGCAGAGGGUGCGGCAGAGGGUGCGGCGGAAACCGUCGAUGCGGACGCCGCCAAGUCGAAGCACUUUAAAACCCUCAGAGAGCUUAAAACACGCGCCCAAAACGUCAUGUCGAUGAAAGACCAGGUCAUGCGUGCCAAGGAGAAGAAGGCGCUCCGCAAGCUGCUCGUGCAGAUCAAGGAGACCAUGAACCGCAGCCGGAAAGCCGACGACCCGUCCGUAGCGGAGAUGAACCAAGCCGAACGGGAGCUGACCGACCUCCUCUCCGAGAUGUCCCUCUCAUACACGCAGCAAGCCGCCAAGGCCAAGAAGGCGACGAUCGAGUGGAAGAAGCAGCAAGAGCAGCAAGGCCCGGACGUGGCCAAGAUGCUCCGCAGCGGCAGCGCGGCGGCCAAGGUCGGCCUGCUGACGGCCCAGCAGCGCACGGUGCUCCUGUGGAUGAUGCGGCGCGAGGCCGAGAACCCGCGCGACGACUCCAAGCCCUACGCCACCCCCUGGAAGCCCCGCGACUGGAUGUCCCCCUUCGCCUUCAUCCCGCGCUACCUCGAGGUCAACCAGAACAUCUGCGCCGCCGUCUACCUCCGCCACCCCGUCGCCCGCCCGGGCCUGUCCGAGGUCCCCACCCCGUUCGCCCCCGUGCUGUCCCAGCUGGCCUUCAACUGGUACCUGCGGAGAGGCUAAGCGCCUCGGGCGGGAGGUGGUCGCGGGUUGAAUGUUGGCCUGCUGGCGUGCGAUCGAGGUGGUGGCGGCGAAUAGGGGGAUACAGGGGGGAUACAACCCAGGUGUUGUUGUAUUUGCCGGGUGGGGGUGUGUGGUGGUCAUGGGCAGGGCAUGCUCAUCGGAAGAGGGACAUGAAUAACUAGAGCACAUGGAUGUGCAUAGCAUGAUGCAUGUAUUCUAGGUGUAACUUGUACAAUAUGGUACUAUUUCUGCUGAUUGAGACGAUUACCUGGAGCGUGAGAUUGCGGAGUACUCGUAGAGCAAGCGAGG